UAGAAAUAUGACGACCCUUGACUUUCUUAAUCAGUCAACAUAUGCCGUUCAACAUAGCCUUUCCUGCAGUUUCUGAGGCUCAGAGAGCGAGCAAGUAUUAUUUGAAUGGCUACAGUAGCACCGUUGGCCAUUGACGGAAGCGUGUUGGAGGGCGGUGGUCAACUCCUCCGUAAUUCGAUUGCACUAUCUGCCUUGCUCGCGCGUCCUAUCUCAAUCCACAAUAUCCGCAGCAACCGGAAACCUCCAGGCUUGAAGGCGCAGCAUGUUGCAGGUCUCCGUCUCGUCGCCGAAUUGUGUGGUGCACAGCUCAUAGGUUGCGAGCCUGGUUCCUCCUCUAUCGAGCUUGCUCCAGGACCGAUAUGUUUGUCGAGGUCCUACACAGCAGACCCGCGAACUGCGGGAUCGAUCACACUCCUUCUGCAAGUAUCCCUUCCCUGCUUGCUCUUCUCGUCCCAUCCGACUUCAACUGCCCCGACUUAUCUCACCCUGCGCGGCGGGACGAACGCAAUGCAGGCGCCCCAGAUUGACUACACCGCGCACGUCUUCCUGCCCUUCCUUGAUCGGUUCCUCGACCUGCAUCCGGAGCUAUGCAUCUACAAGCGUGGCUACUAUCCGAAAGGCGGGGGCGAGGUCCGCCUCUCUGUGUGCCCGAAGGAUGGCCCCUUACCUGCUGUAACGCUCACAGAGCGCGGGAAAGUCAUAUCCGUUGGUGGUCGGGCGUAUGUCGCCGGCCUACCCGCACACCUCGCGACAACCAUGCGCGACGCCGCAGCGGAGACUCUCACAAGGGCUGGAGUCGAUCCUGCGCUGAUUAGCAUCACGGCAUUGAGAGAGAAGCCAGCCGACGCAGUGGGGAGCGGAUCUGGGAUUGUGCUGUGGGCAGAGAUGGAGAGUGGUUGCGUGAUUGGAGGGAGCGCCCUAGGGUCGAAGGGGAAGGACCCUGCGAAGGUCGGCCAUGAAGCUGCGGAAGAGCUGGCGAGUAAUCUUGCUCAUGGGGGCUGUGUGGACGAGUAUAUGCAGGAUCAGAUGAUCAUAUUCCUCACCCUUGCUCAAGGGACUUCCUGUGUGAAGACUGGGCCCUUGACGCUGCAUACCAAAACGGCGAUUUGGGUGGCAGAACAGCUGACGGAUGCCAAGUUCACUGUGCAAGAACAAGUCGAAGGUACUGCGCAAUGCUUGAUACAGUGCGACGGAAUAGGGUACACACCGCAGCACCAUGAAAUGAAAAGUUCGAGUCCUUAACCAACGCUUACCUACGACAACUGAUCGUCACCAGCAUUGGGCUCCGCAGCGUUCAGUCGAGAUGCCAGAUAUGCAAUAAGGGUACGAGGAAAUACAGCAUAAUAAUCCAUUAGGAGAUGAUGUGCUCUACGCGACGAUGCCGCAGUAUGGUACAAGGAAUGUCCACUCCGGUCAAUCAGCAAAGAGCGACAUCACCGGUUCCAUGAUAGCAGAGACAUGUCGCCCAGUUUCCUACGAUGAUCAUAUGGGUGUCAGAAGCGCCCAAGGCAACGAUAAACUGCAGUGCGCACCUAGGUCUGAUCAUAUGUCGUAUGGUACCGAGGAUGGCGAGGAAGACCAGCAGUGCUGCUGAUGCAACGUACGCCCACCCGAGGAACGGGUUCUUUCC